AUGGCGUCCGAACAUACAGACAGAUCAAGCACAUCAAGCGCCCGGUCGUUGACGGAAGCGUCAGGACCUGGGGAUGUUGCCAUCGUGGGCCUUUCCUUUAAGCUACCCCAGGAUGCAGACGACGACGCUUCGUUCUGGAAUAUCCUGGAGAACAAGCGGAACCUCAUGACAAAAUGGCCAGAAUCGCGUGUGAAGACCGAUUCUUUCUUGGAUAACCCGCGCCACAAGUUCCAAGGCCGAGGUGCGCACUUCCUCAAUAAAGAUGUGGGGGCUUUCGAUGCGCCGUUCUUCUCCGUCACGGCGAAGGAGGCGGCAUCUAUGGACCCCAUGCAGCGGUGGACCCUGGAGGCAUCUUACCAUGCACUUGAAAAUGCGGGAAUCCCGGCCGAGAAGAUCAGGGGGUCGCGCACUGCAGUUUUCUCCGCCUCCAUGUUAGAAGACUAUACUAGGAUGGUAACCGUGGAUCCCGAUAAUAUCGAGCGCACGGCCCUUACCGGGAGCUUAGUCGCUUCUGUGAUCGCAAAUCGUGUCAGCUGGUAUUUUGACCUGCAUGGCCCUAGUAUCCAUGUUAAUACUGCAUGUUCGAGUAGCUUGGCGGCUGUUGACAUAGCCUGCAAAACUAUUCAGAGCGGCGAUGCCGAAUGCGCUCUUGUUACGAGCGCCAACUUUCUUCUCGAUCCGUCGAUUGUCCAGCUAUUAUCUGAUCAGAAUUUCUUAUCUCCGGAUGGCGUGUGCCGUAGUUUCGAUCACCGCGCAAAUGGCUACGCAAGAGGAGAGGGUGUCAUUGCCCUGGUGCUCAAACCCGUCUCUUCUGCUGUUCGUGACGGGGAUAUGAUCCGUGCUGUGAUCCGAUCUACAGGGUCGAACCAAGAUGGGUAUACACCGAUAUUAACCCAGCCUAGUUCUCAAGCACAAGAGGACUUGAUUCGUCAUGUGUAUCGGCAGGCUAAUUUAUCUUUCGACCAAACCCGCUAUGUUGAGGCUCACGGAACCGGUACGCCUGUGGGUGACCCGAUUGAGAUGAAAGCCUUAGGCCGGGUCUUUCGAGAAUACCGAUCGGCUGAAGAACCUCUCUACGUUGGUAGCGUAAAAGCAACCGUCGGACAUCUCGAAGGAGCCAGUGGCCUCGCUGGAAUCGUAAAGUCGAUUUUAAUUCUAGAGAAGGGUGUUAUCCCUCCUAAUCCUCUCUUCGAGAAGAUGAACCCCGCUAUCGAUGCGGAUUUCUACCAUACUGCGGUUCCUACUCAAACGAUAGUAUGGCCAGACUCGGGCUUGCGCCGGAUAUCGGUCAAUUCAUUCGGGUUCGGUGGUGCUAACACACACGUUAUUUUAGAUGAUGCCUUUAAUUACCUGCAGCAACAUAACUUGGCCGGAAACCAUCAUACUGCUGCCAUUCCUGGGAGCACGCUGAAGAAAUUGCCUAGCCCUGCAAGUUUGUUAGCAAACGGCAAAGCUGGUAGCAACGGUAACGGUGCUGUUCAUACUAAUGGAACAGCCCUUAUUGACGCACCGACUAAUGGUAAUGGGGCGAACUACACGAACGGAACAAACCAUUUCAACAAAAGAGUUUCUAUCAACAGCAUAGAUUCCCUCUUGAAUGGUUCCGUGGCACCGCGUGAACAUGAGCACAGCUUGCCUAAAUUAUUGGUGUGGUCAGCCGCAGAUGAGAAGGCCGCUAAACGUAUGAUGGAUGCUUAUCAGGCGUUUUAUGAGAAGAAUGUUUCCAGAAGCCCGACUAAACUUGACCGCUUAGCCUAUACGCUGGCUGUCCGACGAAGCCAGAUGUUGUGGAGGACUUUUGCCGUGGACGAAGGCGAGGGUAAAACUGGGAAGAAAUUAUCGUUCUCCAAGCCUGUGCGAAGCGCAUCUCAGGCAGGGCUAGGCUUUGUGUUUACUGGCCAGGGAGCACAAUACGUCGACAUGGGUUGGGAUCUAAUCCAAUAUCCCGUAUUCGCGGAUACGUUGCGGCAGAUUAACAGCAUUUAUGAGAGCUUGGGAUGCAAAUGGUCGAUCUUCGGUAAGGAAAAUAGCGAUGCUAUAUCCGAUAAACUUCGAAAGCGCGAUGAAACUGACCUGUUGAUUUUGACAGAUGAGCUACGCUCCAGUGCUAAUAUCAAUAAGCCUGAAUACAGCCAACCGUUGUCUACUGCGGUCCAAAUCGCCCUUGUAGAGUUGCUCAGCAGCUUUGGAAUUAGGCCCCGAGCCGUAAUUGGCCACUCUUCAGGUGAAAUUCCUGCAGCCUACGCCAUUGGUGCUCUGUCCUUACAUUCUGCCUGCAAAGUCGCUUACUACAGAGGGCAACUUGCUGGAAAGCUUAAGGACGAAAACUCUAGUUCUCCAGGUGCCAUGAUGUCUAUUAACUUGGCAGAGAGCGAAGUUCCAAAGUAUUUAGAGAAAGUCAAGGCGGCGGGGAUGGGCGACUCGGUUUGCGUUGCUUGUGUCAACAGUCCAGCUAACUGCACAUUAUCAGGCCGUGAAGCGGAUAUUGAUUUAAUCAAAACUCAAGCCGACGAGGACGGAGUGUUUGCGCAGAAGCUCAAGACUGGAGUUGCGUAUCACUCUAGCUCAAUGCAAGCCAUUGCCGAUGAAUAUCGUUCGCAAAUGGGAAGCCUUGAAGGCAAAGACAGCCAAGAUGUUAAAGCUCCGGCCCAAAUUCUCAUGAUCUCGUCGGUUACGGGAGAGGCUGUUAUUCCGGCUGUAUUAGCUACAGCGCAGUACUGGGUCGACAACAUGGUCAAUAAAGUUCGGUUCGCGGAUGCUCUAACCCUCCUGAACCAGGAACUGUCCAACAUGAAGGUCACAGACCUAAUCGAGGUUGGCCCUCACCCUGCUCUACGUCGACCAGUGCAAGAUACUCUAGGCAAGAAGAUUCGUUAUGUGAAUCCUCUACAUAGGUCCCAGCCAGCUCUUCAGACUAUGCUGGAGCUGGUAGGGCAGCUGUACAGCUUCGGACAUGACGUUUCAAUAACGUCAGCCAACCAGCAGUCAGCUGAGAAGUUGCCAUUCCUUGUCGACUGCCCUGAAUACCCCUUCAACCAUUCGCAAAGAUACUGGUCCGAAUCGCGGAUAUGCCGAGAUUAUAGGCUUCGCGAACCUGUUCAGGGAGAGCUGCUCGGAGUACGGGUAUCAGAUUGGAACCCUCUGGAACCGCGCUGGAGGAACUUUUGGAGCGUUGAAACCUCUCCAUGGAUUGGACACCACAAGGUGGGUGGAACGGUGCUUUUCCCGGCGGCGGGCAUGCUCGUUAUGGCCAUAGAAGCUGUACAACAUGUAGUGCCCCAAAAUCGCGUGGUGAACGGUUAUCUUUUCGAAAAGGCGGAAUUCAUAAGCGCCAUCAUAGUGCCGGAAGAUUGGGAAGAUCGCACGGAGACACAGCUUCACCUAAGGCCAAGAAAGAGGCAAGCAAGCGAGAAGGAUGCAUCGGCAUGGUUCGACGCGACGAUAUACUCGUAUACGCGUGGCCAAUGGACCGAGUCCUUCCGUGCAAGUAUUCAAGCAGCGUUCCGCGAUGCCUCGGGGUUGGAUGAGAAAGAAAGAAUGCUGGCUGACGAAACCGUUCGAAUCCGAUAUAACGAUGCUGUGGACGAAUGCGACCGGCCUUUAGAUUCGCAAGUUAUGAUCCGUGAAGCCGCUGACUUAGGAUUCCAAUUUGGAGAAUGGUUUCAACAGACACAGGAUGUUCAUUGGGAUGGAAAGGCAAAGGCUCUCGCGCGCGUUGAUGUUUCUAAACCGAAAUAUCAGACUCGCAGCCUGGUGCACCCGGUAGUGCUAGACGCAGGUUUCAUGGCGCUACGAGUUAGUGGAGGCCAGCAGCCAACCUUGAACGUUCCUAAGCGCUUGUCGAAUGCCUGGUUUUCAGCUGUAGGUUGGCAGCAUCCGCAAACAAGUUGGGUCCGGUGGAUGGCAGCAUCGACAUCCACCUUGAGUGGGUGGCAAGCCGUUGGUCAUGGAGAGCAGGGCAGCCUAGCUGCUCUAGCUGACGACGGGACCGUCCUGUGCACCAUAGGCGAGGCUAAGACGGUAGCCAUGUCCAACGCCGCGGGAAACAAAGAGAAGAAGAUCCUAUACAAUGUUGACUGGAAACCCCAGAUGAGCUUGCUGGACCGCGAGCAGCUAGCACUUGUAUGCGGCGCUAAUAACUUCCCAAGGGACGAAACUACCCUCAUAUCGAGCUAUUCCAAAAUGCGUUCCACCUUGGACCUCGUUGUUGGCCACGCUCUUAAACGCUUAGACUACACCAAAGUGCCUGAUAGCCUACGUCGCCACGUCGAAUGGAUGGAACACCACGUUAGAAGUCUCACGCCAUUGCAGCAAGAAGAAAUCAAGAACAUUAACGACGCUGAACUCGAGGUCCACCUGUGCGAAGUCGAAACUGUUCUUCCAUCGUGGAAGUUGUAUACCGCAUGCGCGCGCAAGAUCGUAGACAUGUUGCAGGGAGAGAUUGACCCGCUCCAGGUCGUGUUUGGUUCAGGGCUGGCCGACAGCUUCUACGCUGACCUGUUCCAAGACCUUUGCAAUGAUGGUCGAUUUGCUGCAUUAUUGGAUAUAGCUUCGCACGAGAACCCCGCGCUGCGUAUCAUGGAGGUCGGCGCCGGGACGGGAGGUAUGACGGGGCACGUGCUGAAGAUGUUGCAGGAGCGUGAGAAGCGAUAUGGAGCGCCCAGCUUUGGCCAUUACACAUACACGGAUAUCUCACCCGCCUUCUUCGAGAGGGCGAGUAAAAGGUGGCCGGAGCUCCAGAGCCGUAUGAACUUCAAGACCUUCGACAUGGACUACGAUAUAAGCACCCAAGGUUUCGAGCCUGGCUCUUAUGAUUUAGUUUUUGCCGCUAGUGUUGUGCACGCUACCCCUGACCUAGAGCGUGCCAUCCGCCACAUUCGCGGGGCUUUAAAGCCCGGUGGUCGUCUCGUCCUAAUCGAGGUUAUCAACCCAGCCGAGAUUAUUAUCAACUUCAUGGCCGGCCUUGUACCCGGCUUCUGGGUCGCUCGUGAGGAAUGGCGUCCUCAUUCUCCAGCUGUACCAGAGAACAUCUGGGAUAGAUGCUUGCGAGCCAAUGGCUUCUCAGGGAACGACAUGAUCAUGCGCGACUACCAGAGUGACGUCUGCCAUGUGAUGAGUACCAUCGUGUCUACAGCGGUAGAAGCUGAAGAGACAACUCAAUCGACAACAAAGCCUGGUCGACUUGUCCUUGUCACAGACAAGAAAGGACACGGCGAUGUUCAACAGCAGCUGGCGGAUGCAGUGCGCAGCAGCAUUAACCCCAAAGGUGACCGAAAGACAAGUGUCUGUGCAUUUGCCUUGGAUGAGCUUUCUAAAGAACUAGAAGGCCUGACUGAGAAUGAUGUUGUCGUUUCUCUUGCUGAGGUCAAUAAUAGACCUCUGCUUACAAGCCUUUCCGAGGAAGGCUUUAUGUGCCUCAAGACAAUAAUUAAGAAGGCACCUCAACUCCUCUGGGCUACAGCGACAAGCACCGAUGACGCGCAGUAUCCAGACCACAGCUUUGUCCAGGGCUUUAUACGGUCUAUCCGAGCUGAGCAACCUGAUAGCCACAUUGUGACUAUUGCUAUCGAGAACGAAAAAGACGUAGCGAAGUGCUCUUCUUUCAUUUCCAAGGCUUUCCAGGCUUCUUUUAAUUCAUCGUCGAAAGAGCUCGAGUAUAUCGUCAGAGAUGGUUUGCUCUUGACCGGUCGGGCUGUUGAAGAUGUGGAAGGAAACGACACGAUGCGAUCCCUCCUCUACCCACAACAACGACAGAGGUCCUGGGCAGAGGCACCUGCCGUACAGCUCUCAACAAACGGUGGCAACAGUCUCGACUCUUUGCAAUUCGUCAUGGACAACGAAUACGUGACCGAUAUUGCGGCCUACGAGGUUGAGAUCGAGGCAAAGGCUUGGGGACUGAGGAGCCAGGACGUUCAAGUGGCGCUGGGAAACCAAGAAGGUAACGACGAGUCACUAGGAGCCGAUUGUGCCGGCGUUGUCACUCGGGUUGGCCGUGCCUGCACCUCAGUUAGACCCGGAGAUCGUGUCUGUAUGGUGAAAUCCGGCUGCAUCCGUAAGUUCCCUCGCGCUUUGGAAACAAGUGUGUUCAAACUGCCCGAUUCGUUAUCCUUCGAACUCGUCACCUCUAUACUCGUCCCAGGUAUGGUAGCGUACCACGCUCUUGUCGAGAUCGCCCGGAUACAACAGGGUGAUAAGAUCCUUAUCCACUCAGCUGCCGAUAGCAUGGGCCAGUUAGCCAUCCAAGUUGCUAAGAAGCAAGGCGCCGACAUAUAUGCUACCGCGCUAUCGCCCGAAGCGAAGCAAUUUUUGGUGAAGACUUACGGUAUUCCGGAGAACCGUAUCUUCUACGGCCAAAACACCUUGUUUGGAAAGGGAGUAAUGCGGGCCACACGAGGAUAUGGCGUCGAUAUUGUUUGGAACUCACUGGCAGGUAGUGAUGAACUACAGGCUUCGUCUGAAUGCAUAGCUCCCAAUGGACAUUUUCUCGAGAUCGGCCGGGCAAACAUGACGGCGAGCGCUACGCUGCCCAUAGCGCUAUUUGCAAAGAACAUUACAUUCUCGGCGGUCGAUAUUACGCGCUUGAAGCCUAGAGCUACAGCUCAGCUGCUUCAAAACACAAUACAGCUGCUGGGCGAAGACAGUAUUCAGCAGCCUCAGCCUUUGCGCACAUUCGAAGUAAACGAUAUCCAGCAGGCAUUCAAGGAGCUGCAGGAAGAAGAGAUUGGCCGCGUUAUCAUUCGACCAACACCCGAGGAGGUGGUGCAGCAAUUCAUAAAAGAGCAACGCUCGUGGAGGUUUGACGAAAAUGCGUCAUACCUGAUCGCUGGAGGAUCUGGUGGUGUCGGCCGAGCAAUUACUCGAUGGAUGGCUGAUAGAGGUGCUAAGCACCUGAUUAUUCCCUCUAGAUCAGGUGCGAAGUCCAAGGCCGCCGCUGAGACAGUUGCAGAACUGCGGGCUCGUGGUGUUAAUGUAUACGCACCAAGGUGUGACGUGUCGUCGGAAGUCAGUCUGGCUUACGUGCUAGAAGAGAGCUCCCACAUCAUGCCGCCAAUCAAGGGAUGCAUUGACGCUGCUGUGGUCCUCCAAGAUGCUAUCUUCCAGAGUAGCAUGACGUACGAGCAGUGGAAGCUCCCGAUCCGGUCCAAGGUCGCAACGGCGUGGAACUUGCAUCGUCUUCUACCCAAGGAUCUAGACUUUUUCAUCUUGCUCUCCUCCCUUGCUGGCAUCAACGGCCAAAUGGCAAGCUCCAACUACGCUGGUGGUUGCUCAUUCCAGGAUGCGCUCGCCGCUUACCGCAGGGCACAAGGCCAAAAAGCGCUGUCGAUUGACCUCGGCUGGAUGCGCAAUGUUGGCCAAAUCUCCGAGAUUGGCGCUUAUCAACGCCGACGCCAGGAAGCUGAUGACAUGCAACAGACUGACGACACGGAGCUAUUUGCCUUGUUGACAUUAGGCUGUGAUCCGACUAAAGAACUACCGACAAGUCAGGUCUUAUUCGGUCUACGCACACCUGCUGAUGCCCUAGCCCAGGGCCGAACACCGGCGGCUAUCCUAGACCGACCACUCUACGCUGCUUUUUCAUGGGUCGUCGGCUCCGGGUCAGGCUCGGACAAUACAAGCACCAGCAGCCAGUUAGCCCCCGACCAACAAGCAGCAGCCCUAUUCAAUCAGGCGAAAGACUCAGAAGAGCGCGUUCAGGUUGUGUUGUUAACACUGGCGUCCAAACUAGCGCGGGCCAUGUCUAUAGCACCUGAGGACGUCGAACCGAGCAAGCCACUAUCGGCAUACGGUGUCGAUUCGCUCAUGGCUGUGCAGGUGAGGAACUGGAUUAACAGAGAAUUCAGCUCCCCAGUGGGUGUUUUUGAAAUCAUGGGUGGAGUGUCCAUCGCGGGUAUUGCUGAAGCAGUUGUAGCAAAGAGUACGGCAGUGUAA